GUGACUGGACCAGAAAGCCGCGCUUUGGUGUUAAUGGCGCAUGCGUAGCCCCUGGGAGGGCGUUGCAAAGGUGGAGUUUCCUCUCCCUUCCUUCCUUCCUUCCUUUAAAUUGGGCGGCAACGCCUCUCUCGCCUAGCUCUCCUCACUCCACCCCAGACAAGGGAAGUGGAGCGAUGUUGUCACUUCCGUCGGGGUCUUCAUCUACAUCCAGGUCAGCGCUCUUGCCGCUGCCACUGCGGCUGGGGGACCUGGCUGGGGUCUCCGCCGCCGACCCAGGGGCUCUGGUGGAGUCCCGCGUAGGACCUAGCUCCGGGCUGGUCAGCCCGACUUCGCCGGCCUGGAGGGGCGAAGAGGACGGGGAGGCGGAGGCUUCCUUUCGGGUCAGUGGUUCUCUGGAUUACCAGGAAUCUCUAGUUGAUAUUGAGGCCAGGCUAAGGAUGGAAGGUGUGGAACUUAAGGAAGAAUGGCAAGAUGAAGACUUCCCAAUACCUUUACCAGAGGAUGACAGCAUUGAAGCAGAUGUAUUAACUGCAGUAGGACCAGAACACCAGCCAAGCCUGCUAGAAGUAAAUGGAAAUAAAGUAAGAAAAAAAUUAAUGGCUCCAGAUAUUAGCUUAACACUGGAUCGGAGUGAUGGUUCCAUUUUGUCAGAUGAUUUGGAUGAAAGUGGAGAGAUUGACUUGGAUGGUUUAGAAACUCCAUCUGAGAACAGUAAUGAGUUUGAAUGGGAAGAUGAUCUUCCAAAACCCAAAACUACUGAAGUAAUUAGGAAAGGAUCAAUUACUGAAUACACAGCAGCAGAGGAAAAGGAAGAUGGACGACGCUGGCGUAUGUUCAGAAUUGGAGAACAGGAUCACAGGGUUGACAUGAAGGCAAUUGAACCCUAUAAAAAAGUUAUCAGUCAUGGAGGUUAUUAUGGAGAUGGAUUAAAUGCAAUUGUUGUAUUUGCUGUCUGCUUUAUGCCUGAAAGUGGUCAACCUAAUUAUCGCUAUUUAAUGGACAAUCUGUUUAAAUAUGUUAUUGGCACUUUGGAAUUGUUAGUAGCAGAGAACUACAUGAUAGUUUAUUUAAAUGGUGCUACAACACGGAGAAAAAUGCCAAGUCUGGGAUGGCUUAGGAAAUGCUAUCAGCAAAUUGAUAGAAGGUUAAGGAAAAACCUAAAGUCUUUAAUAAUAGUUCACCCUUCUUGGUUUAUCAGAACACUUCUAGCAAUUACAAGGCCUUUUAUUAGCUCAAAAUUCAGCCAGAAAAUUAAAUACGUCUUUAACCUGGCAGAACUAGCAGAACUUGUCCCUAUGGAAUAUGUUGGCAUACCAGAAUGCAUAAAACAGUAUGAAGAAGAAAAGUUAAAAAAGAAACAAAAAAGCAGAGUUGAUCAGGAAUUGAAUGGGAAACAAGAACAGAAGAGUGAACAGUAAACUUGGAAGUCCAAACAAAAGAUCUGAAAAUGUGCACAUGGAAUGAUGUGAUGCUCUUUUUGCAUUAUAAUGCAUUUAUAGGCCCUUUUUUUUCUGUGUAACUUGUUACAACAUUGACUUGAUUUUCCUUAAUGGACUUUUGUAUAAGGAACUGUUCACUGCUGUAUUGAUUUGCAAAUCUUUUGAAUUUAAUUCUUUAAUAGCUACUUUAAUAUUGUAAUCAUUUUGUAUUUUAUAUUGCUAAAUGUAAAAGAACCACACUUUUUUUUAUGAGGCAUUUUUGCAUUUGUUUUAUCUAAGUGAUGCAUGUUCUUUAGUAAAAUAUUUAUAAACGUAAAAUGGUAAAGGAGAGAUAAUAUAUAUUUUUAUGAUUUUUUUUGAACAAUAUUUUAUAAUAUUGUGUACCUGUAUUAUCAAGCAAUAUGCAGGUGAAUAAGGCCAUAUAAAUGACUGAAGUCAUUAUUUUGUAAAAUGCAUGAUGGAAUUUUUUGUAAAAGGUUAAACACAUUUCUUAUGAUUUUAGAAAAUAAGGGUGUUUUUAUGUAUUGGACUGGUUAGACCAGUUGUUACAAAUACAUGAAGACUAUUCUUGUUCAUGUAUUGGAUACAUGUAGAAUAUGCCAUGACAACCUUUUCCACUUUGGUGUAUAUUUCCCCUCCCUCAUCAUGAAAAAGCAACUACACAAUGCAUUGUACACUUUUUAGACAAGUCAAAAAGCCAUUUUGUGAACUGGAUAACUGAACGGACUAGGAAUUGGUGGGUGUGUUUGUGUGCAUGUAUAAAGAACCUUUCAACUUCUGGGCACAGAUAAAAACUUUUCACAUGUCUUAGGAUUGUUCACAAAUGUGACAAAUAUCCAGGAUAGCAUUCUACUUGACUGCUGAGUACUAGAUAGCACUGCAAAAAAUGUGGCAAGUUGUAUACUGUCACUUUUUGUUCCAGAGAGCUAGCAAAAGCUUACUUUUUUAAAAUCCUAUACCAUCAAAGUAGGCACUUUAAAAAAAAAAAAAACUUUCCUUAUCAUGUCAUUUUAAAAACUAGGUUUUUUAUUUAGUCCAUAAGUUGUUUUUUUGUUUUGUUUUGUUUUAUGCUCUAUCAUGCUUUACAGUAUCAUAAUAGAAGUUGACUGUAAAUCUAAUAUUAAAUUAAAUUGUGGUGUUGUCAGUUAAUCAUUUAAAAAUGUGUAAAACUUCUUGUUGAAUUUGGUAAGUACAUUUACUCUGUGAGAAAUGGUACACACACAACUUGGAAUGAUAUUUUGUUGAUGUUGUCUAAUUUUAAAGAAACGUUUCCAUUACAAUAAUUCCUUGCUACUGUGUCUUGGGUUUUGUAAAUUUCUCCAACUUGUAUACCAACUCUUCCUAGGCUCCCUGGAUUGGGUUUUGAAUGAAGGUUUUAAACUCUCCUGGACAGUGUGAGGCAUUUGUCAGAUUUUUUUAAUCAAAUUUCUUGCUUUGGGGGAAAAAAAAAAGGAAUUCUUCUCUUUGUUUUUGUCAGUCACAAAUUCAAGAUAGGAUUGUCUGAAAGGAAAAAUUCCAGAGCAUUUUCCUGAAUUAUCAGGAUUAAAUAUCUAUAGGUCUAUGAUCAUGAGUUAUUUCAGUUUAAAGAUCAUUGCAAUGCCUUAGUAUUUAUUUUAAGACAGAUUCAUGACUGUUAAAAAAAUAUAGACAAAAUUAUAGAUCUAAUUGGUCAUUUUUUUUUAAUGCAUAGAAAUUAAUAGGCUCUUCUCUUUGUCUCACAGUAAGAUGUCUUAUUUAGAAAUAAACUGCCUCAUUCCUCUGUAGUCAUUGAGAAUUAACUGUUGGUUUUAAUACAUUUAUUUUCCUCCCCAAAUGCUACUCCCCAAUUCAAAGAUAGCUAUAUGUAAAUAUUUUUUUACUCAGUAUUUCAAGCUGAAAGCAAGUCAUUCUAGAAAUAAGGCCACUUCCCCAUGAUACCAAAAAUACUAAGUUUCUGAAGGGAAAUGAUAUAGGAAAACAAUAACAACAUAGUUUUAAUGAGAAAAAGGCACAUCAUCAUGUACAGGAAAUAAAAUUUGACACAAUGCCAUUAAAUAUGUAGGACAAUGAUGUGCCUUUUAAUGGUAUUUCUGUGAGCAUUUAUUAUGAUUAUAAUCCCUACAAAACAAUUUUGGUCUUUCGUUCUUAAUUUGGAUUACAGCUUUGCAUGCAUAUAUGUAGUGUUUUAAAUUUUAUUUAGUCCAUACAUAGACUUGUUAAAUAUGUGAAUUAGUCUUUCCAUGUGGCCAUAUGGACUUAGAUAUUGACUUAAAUACUGUUUCGGUUCUGCUUGUCUUGGUGGUUGUGAUAUAUUCUUGUCUUUUAUUUUGAAGAUUUUAAUAUCUCAGCUUAAUUUGUUGAUUCCACCUUAUUAAUUUGCUUAUAGGAGCAGAAGACAGUACACAAUGUUCAUGAACAGGACUCUUAAUUCAUUAGGAUAGUAUUCCAUAAAUUAAGUUUUUAUAAAAGCGGCUUAAAGUAGGACCUAUGGAUAAAGUCAGUGGUCACUGUUGUAUAGGGCAUAAAGCAAUGGGUAAUAAAGUACAGAUAUAUUUAUUAACGAAGCUGUUUUCUUGUGCUCAGCCAGCACCUUUAAGGAAAUGAAGAAGGGGGAAGAUUAUUAACCUACAUUUGAUUACUGCAAUCAAUGUUAAUAAGCUGAGGAGCACAAACAAUCAGUCAUACACAGUGAAAUAAGAGACAAUGUUAAGAAAUCCAUUCAGAUUUAUCAUUCGGCCUCUAAUAAACAUACUUUUUUGCUUCUGGAGGCAAGUUGAUGCUGGGAAAUGAGUCAGCAGUCAUAUUUCCAAUGCUCACUGAAAUUGUAAUUUGUUUGCUCACCCCCUCUCUGCAAUAGAUUAUUAAAAUCUGAUCAAUUCUAAAGUUAGUGCUAAUCUGUAUAAAAGAAUAUUGCACACCUAAAGCCAAGUGGCUAAGGAUUUUAGUUUCUCACCAUCCUCUUUUUUCCAUGUACUGGAUAUAUAACGCAUAAUUUCCCAUAGACAAAGAGUAUAGAUUAUGGCAGACUGAGAGGAAAUAGUUGCUUUCACUACUAAUUCAUAUCCCUAUUUCCCCUACUCCCCCACAACUAUUUGUAAAUCUGAUCAAAGUAAAACUUUAUAUUGAAGAGUAUAUUGAAAAAGUAAAAGGAAGAAUGUGGUGGUAGUGAGUUAACUUUAGCCAAAUAUCCUAUUGUGUGAAAAGGAGCAAAAAUUCUUUGACAGACCUUACAGUAGAAUAAUUGGAAGAAGUCUAGAAACUUAGCUACAUGGGAAGGCCUGUGGCUUGUUUUCACCAUUACUUAAAAAUGGUAAUAAUCCUGGCUUUGAUCCCAUUUUGGUCAGAGGAAAUCAGGGAAAAUGUCUGGUUCAUUUUUGUGUACCACUAAAGCGUUCUGUAUUUUUUUGGGAAAAGUCCCAAAAGGGAUUCCCUACACUGCCUCACCAUUUUCCAUACUUUUAAUUUGGCAUAUAUCACAGGUAUGUAUGUUCUUCACAAUUUUGCCCCUAAGGUUCUUAAAUCAUAGGAAAUAUUUCACUUUGCUUAGCAGCAAAUAUGAUUGCAAGGGAUUUCAGCAUUAAUUAUAUGCAUGCAGCUUUAUUAUAUAAUAGGCUCCCUAUUUUAUUUACUACAUAUGAUUUGCAUAUAACUUAUACUAAGGAAAAUUCUGACAAAGUAUGCUAUAUCAAAUAAUCUAGCAUAAGAUAAACUGAGUAAGUUUCAAAUUCACAAAAUUGAGCACUUUUUAAAAAUAGAUAAAACUUGAUUGAAUAUUGUUAAGAUGUAAUUUCAUUUGAAGUUGUUUUGGUAUUCUAAAUAUGGAGACUGAGGACAUACUUAGAAAUACCUCAAAAUAUAUUUUCUUUUGCUGGCCAAAAAACCAAAUACUUUUAAGUUGAUUUAAGAAAUUAUUCAAUUUCUAUACCUGGUCUUGUAAACCCAACUUUUUUUUGGCUUCAUCUCCUAAAUAUGUAGUGGUCAUACUUAUUUAGAAGAAAAUAUAUUUGCUUAUGUAAUAUUGUUGGUAUUCAUUUUAUGACCUGGCUUGACUAAAGCACUUUGAUUUUUUUAUUUUUUUUAUUUUUUAUUUUUUUUUUUUACUGCAAGGUCCAAAAAUUUAACAUUUAAUGCACUGUAAUUAACUUACCUAGAUGUUAUUCCUUAAUAUAGGGAUUAAUGUGUAGAAAAAGUACUGUCAUUGUAUAGUAUAAGAAGUUAAAUUUGAGUGUAUAAUGUUUGUAUCAAGAGUAUUAGAGAAGUCUUUUGGCCAAGGAAACCUUUUGGGAUUUUCUUUUGGCAUGUUAGGAAUAUGGUAAUUUGCAGUCUGUUACACUUCCUACUAUUACAAAUUUAAUGAACCUUAAAUAAAUGAAUUGGAAAAGUAA